AUGGAGAUGAGCCUACUUAUUGGAGUUUUAGCACUGACAUAUUUGUCUUCUUUUGUUUCCCCUGAUUCACAAGGAGAUGCGUUGUACGCUUUGAGGACUUCACUUAAUGUUUCAGCCAAUCAGCUCACGGAUUGGAAUCCAAAUCAAGUGACUCCCUGCACUUGGUCGAAAGUUACGUGUGGCGAAAAUAACAGUGUAAUAUCAGUGGUGCUGCCUUAUUUGGGAUUCUCUGGAACCUUGUCACCAAGAAUAGGGGAACUGAAGGCACUUACGACACUCGACUUGCAAGGAAAUGGCAUAACUGGUGAAAUACCCAAAGAGAUUGGAAAUUUGACAAGCUUGAGUAUGUUGAAUCUCGAGAAUAAUCAGUUAACUGGAGAAAUACCGUCUUCCCUUGGAAGUCUCCGGGAGCUCACAUUUCUGAUUUUGAGUCAAAAUAAUCUUUCUGGAUCAAUUCCGGAAUCACUUGCGAGCCUUCCAAACUUGACUGACCUCCAUCUUGAUUCAAAUAAUCUCAGUGGGAAAGUACCCGAGCAGUUGUUUGAUGUUUCCAAAUACAAUUUGUCGGGGAACCAUUUGGAUUGUGGAAUCAAACCUUUUCCCUCUUGUGAAUCUAUACAUGCAGGUCGCAAAAGUAAACCAAAGACCAGUAUGAUAGUUGGAAUUACUGUUUCACUUGUGGUUAUUCUCAUACUUGGAAGUUACCUCGUGUUCGUUUGGUGGAAGGGUGGGAAAAGAGGCCUCAGGGGAGACGUUUAUGUCGAUGUUUCAGGCGAAAUUGACCGGAGAAUCGAAUUUGGUCAGCUGAAGAGAUUUUCGUGGCGGGAACUGCAACUUGCUACUGGCAACUUUAGCGAAGACAAUGUUCUUGGGCAAGGUGGAUUCGGGAAGGUAUACAAAGGGGUUCUUGCAGAUGGCACAAAAAUUGCCGUGAAGCGCUUGAUGGAUUACAAGAACCCAGGUAGCGAAACAGCUUUUCAGCGAGAAGUCGAGAUGAUAAGUGUUGCCAUCCACAGGAACCUUUUAAAGCUCAUCGGCUUUUGCACUACCCCUACUGAGCGCCUCUUGGUUUACCCUUUCAUGCAGAACUUGAGCGUUGCAUCUCGCCUCCGAGAUCUUAAACCGGGGGAGCCCAUUCUGGACUGGCCGACCAGAAAACGAGUGGCGCUGGGGACGGCUCGUGGGCUAGAGUACCUUCACGAACAGUGCAAUCCUAAAAUCAUCCAUCGUGACGUGAAAGCUGCGAAUGUUUUGCUCGACGAGGAUUUCGAAGCUGUUGUGGGUGAUUUCGGGCUGGCCAAAUUGGUGGACGUGAGAAAAACGAACGUUACUACUCAAGUGCGCGGGACGAUGGGCCACAUUGCUCCCGAGUAUCUGUCGACUGGGAAAUCAUCGGAGAAAACGGAUGUGUUUGGGUUCGGGAUGAUGGUGUUGGAGCUUGUGACUGGGCAAAGGGCUAUAGAUUUCGGUCGGUUGGAGGAGGAAGACGAUGUUUUGCUGCUGGACCAUGUGAAGAAGAUGCAGAAGGAGAGAAGGGUGGAAGAGAUUUUGGAUCCUAAUUUGGGUAAGAAGGAUGGUGAUGUGAUGAGUGAGGUAGAGAUGAUGAUUCAGGUGGCCUUACUGUGCACCCAAGGGAUGCCGGAAGAUCGGCCGGUUAUGUCUGAGGUUGUGAGGAUGCUGGAGGGUGAAGGUCUGGCAGAGAGGUGGGAGUUGUGGCAGAACACGGAAGUGACGAGGAGGGUGGAAUACGAGAGGCUACAGAGGAGGAUCGAUUGGGGUGAGGACUCGGUUGGCAUGCUGGACGCUGUCGAGUUAUCUGGCGGGCGAUAA